UUUUCUUCUCUUUCUGGUUAGGCUUGCAAAUUUGCGUAUACGUCAGUUGAUAUUGAUGUCGAUCUGUUGUACCGCAUUCUCCUUGCCCUCCCACUUUUCUGUCAGUUGCCACUUUUACUUUGAGGCCAACCUCGAAGAAUUAUCGAGGAUUGUGACUAAGAUGUCAGUUGAUCCUCGUUCCUCGAUCGUCUUAGUUCAGUAUUAAUCCAGUAUUUAGUGAAACAGUAUAUUAAUAAAGGUGUGUGCACUCGUUGUUUACGAAUUGCAAAAUUUCAUUAAACAUGACGUAAUAUAUAUAACGUGAACAUACACGUCAGAGAAUUCGAAAAUAUUUUCCCUCGCGAUUGUUGCGUAAAUGUUCUCUGUUCGUAUAGUUCAAAGUGUUAAUUAAAUAUAAAUAUAUCUUUUUCCUUAAUCUUUCUUAGAAUAUAGGUGUCCGUUUUGUUUCGUAAUUAAUAUUAUUUUCGAUUUCGGGUCGCGUAAUAAUAAAAUGGUAUAUUGGCUACCGAGGAAACGUUUUGUGAAAAGUCUCUGGAAUUAAAUUUGAUCAAAGAAAGAGGAUUUGCAACGAGAAAAUAUACUAUAAACAACCAAUAAUCACUAACAAUCAUGAUGUCGAGUUAUCUACUAUUAGCAGCGAUAGUGCCAUUCGCCAUCCUUGAGAUAUGGUAUACGGGAAUAUAUUUAAUUUGGACUAUGAAGGCAUCUGCACUGAUAUAUCUCAUUAUAUUUGGGCUUCUGCCUGUAAUUUUUCAUUAUUCCUAUAGCAUUCAAAAGAAGAUACUCUUCUUAAAUUUUGUGCAAUGGCCACUUAAAGUGGAGUUUUCUGAUCCAAAAUCAAUUGGAAUGGAAGGUGCUAGGAAUUUUUAUUUACAUACUGAUCAACAAGUAAAAAUAGGUGUAUGGCAGAUAUUACCACGGUCUUUAUUAAAUAAUUCCAUUCCUGCAACAGAUGAAGCUUACGAAGGAGUUUUAAAUAAUUCCACACAACCUGUGUUCCUAUACAUGCAUGGAAACAGCGGUAAUAGAGCAAGUCUGCAUAGGCUCGAGCUUUAUAAGCUUUUCCAAGAUUUGGAUUAUCAUGUUAUAUGUUUUGAUUAUAGAAGCUACGGCGAUAGUGAUGUGGUUGAACUUUCUGAAGAGGGUGUAGUUAUGGAUAGUAAAUAUGUUUUUGAAUGGGUUAUGAAAAAAGUUAAUGGUUCAGCUCCGGUUUUUGUUUGGGGUCACUCUUUAGGAACUGGAGUCUCUGCGCAUGUAUUAGCUCUACUGGCAGCUGAAAAUAUACAACCAGCUGCAUUGUUUCUGGAAGCUCCAUUUAACAAUAUAGCAGAUGAAUUAACAGAACAUCCAUUUUCACAGUUAUUUAAACAUUUACCAUGGUUUCAUUGGUUGAUUGUUGAGCCAUUUUAUAAGAACAAUCUACGAUUUGAGACCGAUAAACAUAUUGCCAAGAUUGAAUGUCCUAUUAUGAUAUUACAUGCCGAAGAUGAUGGUGUCAUUCCAAUAUUUUUGGCAGAGAAGCUUUAUAAAGCGGCAAUAAAUAGUCAUGGAAAUAAUACAGAUCAUGUUCAAAUGAUAAAAAUAGAUUCAUCCUAUGGACUUGGACAUAAAUAUAUCUGUAGAUAUAAGAAAUUACCUAGUAUAAUUAGGACAUUCGUCGCUAAAGCAAACGGAAAUCAGACUGAAUAAUUCACCUAGACUAGAAAGUUGGAAUUGAAAAUUCCAACAAGUGUGUCUUAAUGUCAUAAUUUCUUAAAAAUUAUUUGAUUUAUGAACAGUUACACGUUUUCACGAUCAAAUGUUCUAGAACAAAUAAGUAUCUGAAAAGAACACAAAUUUAAAUGAAGAACAAACUAAAAAUUUUAUGAAUGCUUUUUUUAUUUGAAAACUUCAAUUUUUCUGCCAUUAAAAAAAUAUUCAUCUAAAAUUUAAUAUUUAAUAUUUUAGAGUAUUAAUGUCCAAUGUAUGAGAUUUACGAUGUCAAACAAGAUUUAGUGCAUUCAGUUUAUUAUAUUCACUGCAUAAAAUUGAUUUGAAUUUAUUAAAUAUGUAAAACUUAUUUAUAAAUUAUAUUUAAUUUAAAAACAAUAUAUAAUUAUAUGUGAUAUAUAUACGACAUUAUAUAAGACAUUAAUUCUUAGAGAAUUAGUAUCUAGUGUAUAAUGACAUUUUUAUAUGUCAUGAACAAAUAUAUUUAAAAAUAUGACUUGUCUAGUAACUGGAAAUAUAUUAAUACCAAAUACUGUGAUAACUGAGAUAUACUUUAAUAGAAAUUAUUAAUUUCAGUAAUUAAUUCGUAUGUGACACAGUUUAUAUAUAACAUAUUUAGCAUUCUUGAAAUUAUGGUAUUACUAUUUUUGCUUUAUAUAAUCUUGUUUAUAGCAAUGUAUAAUUUUAAACGUCACAUAAGAAGCGCUUUUAUGUUCAUUUCCAUAUUGAUACUAUUAAUUGUUGAUAUAUAAAUAUGCAAAAUAUAUGUAGAAUGUGUAUGUGUGUGUCGCAUAUGCAUGUGCGAAUUUGAUUUUUAUAUGUAAUAUAUAUUAUCUAU